GAGUCAGUAAAAAGAAUCUUUGAUAUGGUUUUAGAAAACUUUCUGAGUUGAUUUCUAAAAUAGUUGUGCCCGCUAAAAAAGCGGUGGGAACAGGAAGGCGCCAGGACUGGUGCUGGUUUCUUUAGGGAGAGAGAGACGGAGAUGAGAGAUAACCAGAGGGGGUGGCUGAGAUUUGUAAGAAUGAGAGGAAUGUAAAUUAAGAAGAAAAGAAAAUUCCCAAAGCUAUGGCCAAUUGAUCUCAUUUCAUUCGCUGACCCGCGGGGGGAAACGAAAACCCGCCCAUUCCCAACAACGCAAGUGGUGUGGGUUUUUGCGAAAGAAAGGAGAUCAUUGCACAAUCACAACGAUCUGGCCGUCGUCUGGGAAUUUUUGCCGUUAUGAGUAGCCGCAACAGCCACUCUCCCUCCGAUCCUUUGGCCGUGGCUGUUGAACCUUCGAAGCCUAAACCCAGGAGGCUCUACCAAGUUUGGAAGGGAAACAAUAAAUUUCUAUGUGGGGGGCGAUUAGUCUUUGGUCGAGAUGCAAAGUCUCUUUUUCUAACAACAUUCAUGAUUGGAGGUCCUGCACUGUUGUUCUGCAUAAGAAUGCUUUUAACUUUUAGAGAUGAUCCUCACUUUAGUCGUCCUGUACUGAUUGGAGGACUGGUUCUCACAUUUUUGGCUUUUACUUUUUUGUCCUUGACUUCUUGUAGAGAUCCAGGAAUUAUCCCCAGAAAUUCACGUAUACUUGAAGCAGAUGAAGCUCUUGACAUAAAUUCAGCAUCUAUGGAGUGGUUAAAUUAUAAUUCCAACAGUCUGAAAUUACCUAGAAUGAAGGAUGUGAAGGUCAAUGGCCAUACAGUGAAAGUGAAGUUCUGUGAUACUUGCUUGCUGUAUCGUCCACCGCGGGCAUCACAUUGCUCCAUCUGCAACAACUGUGUACAGAAAUUUGAUCACCAUUGCCCAUGGGUUGGUCAGUGUAUUGCAGCUCGAAACUAUCCCUUCUUCUUUUUGUUCAUAUCAUCAACAACCUUGCUGUGUAUAUAUGUAUUUGUUUUUUCUUGGAUUAACAUCGGUCGGAAGAAGGGCAAGUUUGGGCACAACAUGGCACACGAUGCUAUAUCAAUUAUUCUUAUUGUAUAUUGCUUCAUAGUCAUCUGGUUUGUGGGCGGGCUUACAGUUUUCCAUCUUUAUUUGAUCUCUACCAACCAGACAACUUAUGAGAAUUUCCGGUACCGCUAUGAUCAGAAGGAAAACCCAUAUAGACGGGGAAUAAUCAAGAACUUUUUAGAACUGUCCCUUUCAAAGAUUCCACCUUCAGCGAUCAAUUUCAGAGCUUGGGUUACAGAAGAAGAUACAGAAAGUGAAUCCGUUACUUCAGAUCUUGGAAAAAGCUUUAUGAACUCAAAACAAAAAUUUAACAUGGACACGGGAACAAAGAGUGGCAAGGAUGGUGACAGGAGACUUCCAAGUAUUUUACAAGAUUUGGAUUACAAUGACAUUGACAAUUUGAAGAAGGCAAAAGAUAAAGAAGCGACAUUUAGCAUUUUCGUUCAUGCUGAUCAAGAAUCAAAAAAUUCACGAUGGAAUUCCAAAGUAGGAGUAGAUGCUGGACAUGAUAAACGGGACCAGUAGCUCCUGCAUAUUACAUAGCUGGGUUCUUCAAAGACAAAGGUAGCAUUUUGACGUUUGCUUCUGUCUGUAGCAAUGCCCUCUGGGGAGCACUAAUGUAUAUAUUCUUCUAAACAGUCAAUUAUUAAUGAGAAAUUGGGAUGUUUUCUGGUAA